UGUCAAUUUGUGGUUCUCAUUCUGUUUUUUUCCGUGUUUUUUACAUAACAUAGCCUAAAAGUUUUAGAAAUUCAUAAAUUAUUGCACACACAAGCUUUUUCCUGAAACUUUUAGUGUAAUGGUAAUGGCUUUAUGCUCUCGGCAUUUUCUGAAUUCCCUUAAGCGAACCUAUUACGUUAGUUCACGAGGUUUAACAAUGACCACCCCAAACCAUCAAAAGUUAUUAGAGGAUUUAGAAAAAAAUCCAUAUUAUGAAAAAUAUUCUGCACGUAUUGCUGCUCUUCAAAAAACUUCACCGGAAGAAUUCAUGCAGAGAGUGGAACAACAGCAAAGCACAAAAGAAAGAGAGAAAACAACUAAAUUUGGAUCAGUUGAUACUAGGCAAUUCUCAUCUGUGUUGAAUCCAAAGAGUGCUAUUGAUAAAGGUGCACAAGCUGCAGAAAAAAAAUUAGAUGAUAUUUUCAAAACAGAACUUGUUAUGGAUAAAGAUGCUUCAGAAAUUCAGAGUAUUUGGGAGGAAUACCACAAAAAUAAAGAAGUCUUAUCUGCUACCAUCCCUGGUGAUUUAUACACAAUCAUACAGAAAAAUAUGAAAGAGUAUCCAACUUUCCUGUUCCCUUUGCCACGUUCCCAGGGCUAUGAGUUCAUUAUGUGUCAAAGUUACGGUCAUACUGUGCAUUUUACACCACUUCUUGCUUAUCAGGUCCACAAAGAAAAUGCACCCGAGUGCCUGACCACAGUCCACUACACUGAGCUAAAAGACAAAGGCAUUGUGCUCAUGAGGGGAGAAUAUGAUAAGAAUGUUUUGACUGCACAGGAGGCUCAGUGUUUAGCAAACCAGUUUCAAAUGUACUACAGCAAUAAAGAUACAAGGAAACAACUGUUAUUAGAAACAUUCACAAAGAGCCCCGAUACAUUCAAACAUAUGGAUUUAGUAUCAGAGUUAGAAAACAUAACAUUAGUUUAAAUUCAAAAUAUGUUAAAUAAAAAUACAAUCAUAAUUCUUUAAAAUUGUUUUUAUUACCCUAAACAUUAGAAGGUACUUCACAUAUUUAUUACACAACCUCAAUCUUAAGCUAUUCAUUUAAUCUAUGUGGAUAAUAUUCAUAGUCUGGUGUGUAAGGCAACACAGAGUGCAGGGGGGGUGAGGCUGCUGGAGAGCCUGGUGUGUGUGGAGUUUGUGGGGGGGAUAUGUUUGAAUCGGAAGGACUAGAUUCAUGGUAUAUGUGCUGAAAGCUUUGACGCCAUCCAAUUUUAAUGUAAUCCAUUGGGUUUUCUACAAUAGUUUCUUUUGGUGUACAUGUUCCAUCACUACUCAAAAUAUUUUUCUUUAUACAAGAUCCUUCACUUUUGCCGGUUUCAUAUUGUUUUUGCAAGUUUUCAAAAUAUAUAUUCUGUAAACUAA